UAAGCAAAAGAAAAGUUUAUAAUUUAGCCUUUGCCCUCCAUCAUUAUUUGAAGUAAAUUAAUGAAAACAGCAUGGGUACGCUCACGAUAAAGAAUUAAUAGAGAGACGAGGACAGGACCGUAUCAGUGACCGCACUGUAUAAGAAGAAAAACAAGAGGUGUGUGUCAUUCUUUUUUCCCGGCUCUAUUGGUUGAUUGCUAGUAAGGGAUAAAAAUGAACGAAGAGAUGAAUGGUGUUGAUGUCGAGAAUCAUCAAGAAAUUGUUCCCGAGAAAAUAGAUUAUGUGUUUAAAGUGGUGGUGAUCGGUGACUCAGCUGUUGGCAAGACUCAGAUUCUAUCCAGGUUUACCAAGAAUGAGUUUUGCUUUGAUUCCAAGUCCACCAUUGGGGUUGAGUUCCAGACCAGGACUGUUACCACUAAGAGCAAAGUCGUCAAAGCCCAGAUCUGGGACACUGCUGGCCAAGAAAGGUACCGAGCAGUGACAAGCGCGUAUUAUAGAGGUGCGCUAGGGGCAAUGGUAGUGUACGACAUCACCAAGCGACAGAGCUUUGAUCACGUGGCCAGAUGGGUCGAGGAGCUACGGGCCCACGCUGACAAUUCCAUCGUCAUCAUGCUGAUUGGAAACAAGGCUGAUCUAGUGGACCUCAGGGCGGUUCCAACUGAAGACGCUGUUGAGUUCGCAGAGGAUCAGGGUUUAUUUUUCGCCGAGACAUCUGCUCUUAGCGGUGACAACGUAGAUAAAGCAUUUUUCAAGCUGCUAGAAGAAAUUUACGGUGGCAUUUGUAAAAAGACUUUGGAAUGUGGGAAUGGGAAAUCCAACGGUGGUGGUCAUGCCACGGCGUUAAAAGGAUCGAAGAUUGAGGUGAUCGCCGGUUCUGAUUUAGAAAUAAGUGAGAUGAAGAAAUUAUCUACAUGCUCUUGUUAAUUUAAUUUUGCUUUCAAAGGCAGAGAACAUUUGGUUUCUUUUCCUUUUCUUUUUUUUUUUUUUGUUUUGUGGUACUUUCUUCUUGGAUUGUUCAUUAUAAAUUUGAAACUAAAUUAUAUAUUUAUGAUAUAUCUGUGCUCAGAAAACCAUGCAUGCACCUUUAAUCGUACGGUGACAUUGUUA